AUGAAUAACGGUUCCCCACUCAUUUAUUCAUCCUCUCUCAAAAAAAUGCAUUGUUCCCAAUCAGAAGACUUUUUCCCAUCACCAGAAGAUAUUUUUGGUCGUUCCCCAUUAGCCCAAGAAAUUUUAUCAAAUUACCCUCUUGAAAAACUUAGUACCCAAAAGGAGCCAUCACAACCACAAGAUCCAUUUCCAUACAUCCCUAUCGAUCAUUCUAAAGGCUCCAAACCAAAACUCCGUCUUUGUAAUACAAGAAGUCAUUUAGGACCAGAAAGUGGUUAUAAAAUUAAAAUUUCACAUAUCCGGCUUUGGCGCAAUGGUAGCGCGAUUGACUGUACGAUAAUUUUGAGUGGUACUAUUUAUGACCAUCAUCCAAGGUAUAAUCCUAAUUUCCAAACACCUACUAGUGGUGGACUGGUAAGAAAUUUGGUUAAACCAGUAUUAAAUCCAGUUACUCGUGUUCCAGAAUUAAAUUCUUUAAACCCCUCAACACCAACAAAUAUUCAAGGUAGAAUGGUAAACCCAGAAUUAUUCCAAUAUUUCUUUUCACCAAACAAUAAUGCUUCUUCACCAGGUUAUAACAUCCCAAUCCCAAUUAACUUAACAUUAGCUUUUAGUCCAAGUAGUGGCACUUAUUCUUUUGAUAAUCAAAAUUUCUUCCCAAUUGAUAAUAAAGGUUUUGAUGUUGAUCCAUCCUAUAAGUUAUAUAAAGAUACUUAUGGUUUAUAUCACAACUACCAUUUCUGUUUAAAGAUUAACUCAAAUUUCUUAUUUAAAGGUAGCGAAAUGUUUAGUUUUGUUGGUGAUGAUGACUUUUUUGUUUUCAUUGACAAUAAGCUUGUCAUUGAUUUAGGCGGUGUACACGCUGCCGAGUCAGCAAGUGUUGAUUUAAAUAAAUUGGGUUUAACAAAAGGCAAAGUUUAUCCAAUCGAUUUCUUUUAUUGUGAAAGACAUACAUCAAAAUCAACAAUUAGAUUUAAUACCAAUAUUUUAAUGACCUGUAAUUACUAUGAUUAUUGUGGUAUUUGUAAUGGUGAUGGUACCAGCUGUUGUAAUCCUCAAACCACCUGUAACGAUAAUAAUCCAUGUACAAUCGACCAAUGUCCUUCCCCAACUACUAAGAUCAACGGUUCAAUUUCAAAUUACUGUACUCACACUCCUAAGGAAUCAUCUCUUCCAUCUGACAAUAUCUGUUUUACCAAACAAUGCAAUGUUACUACUGGUAAUAUCGAUAGUUUUCCAAUUCCAUGUUUAGAUUUAUCAAAUGACUGUUUAAAGAGUAAAGGUUCAUGUACUGAUGUUUGUCAUAUUGAGAAUCAAUGUAUCAAUGGAACAUGUGAAGUUAAAUCAUCCGACUAUUGUGCUAUUGAAUUAGAUGGUGAUAAUGUUGAUAUUUGCUCCGUAUAUUCAUGCGAUUCAAGUCAAGGUGGUUGCGUUAAACAAGAAAAAUGUCAACAAGGUUCCAAUAAAUUUGAAAAUGUUCCAAAUCCAAAUGCAAAUGAUUCUUGCAUAAUUUCAAUAUGCAACCCAGACACUGGUUUAUAUUCAUCAUCACCACUUCAAUGCCCAGAUAGAUCCAAUGAAUGUUUAACAUUAGUAGGUUGUAACCCAACUACAGGUUGCGAAUAUGAAACAUUCUGUAAAGGAGCUUGUGAUGCCAAAGAUCAAUGUAACAACGGAACAUGUGUUGCCAAAACACCAGAGUAUUGUGCAAAUGAAUUAGAUGGUGACAAUGUAGAUUUAUGUGCAGUUUACUCAUGUGACUUAAAUGGUUGUGGCUGUCUAAAAGAUGAGAAAUGUAAAAGAAAUACUACAAACCCAUGUAUCGAAACAUCAUGUAAAGCAUCUACUGGUGAAUGUUUUGAAAUCGAAAUUCCAGGUGACAUGUGUGAUUGUGGUUGUGACAUUAAAAACAAAUGUAUGAGAUCACAUUGCACUAAAGAAGGUAAGUGCUCACCCGUAUUUAGAGAAGAAAUUGAUGAUGGUAAUACUUGUACUGAUGAUUAUUGCGAUCCAUGUACUGGUUUAAUUACUCAUGCUACUGCAUCAAAAUGUUUAAAUUGCAACUCUUGUUAA